AUGUCCCAUCCAUUCCAAAAUGGCAUCCCAGACGACAACGUAGUCGAAACGAACGGCGUUGCAUCAUCAUCGUCGUCCUCCCCUGCUUCCACCACCAGCGACGCGUCUUCGUUUCCAGAUCUCUCUCUCAUGGCCACAGGGCUGCGUGUCCUAGCAGAAGUCGAGAUGAUGGAUGAAACUCGGCAAGAGGGUCACGGCCUCGAUGGAAGCCUAGGAGCAGGAGCUGGAGCGCACGGCAUUGCUGGUCCUGACCCUCCUCCUUCUCCGGCAGAUCUUGGUGGUAGCAGUUCAUCUCCUGUCGGUAUUGGGCGUGGCAGUCCCCUUCCGCCUCCGGCCGCUUUUGGUCGUGGGAGUAUAUCUCCCCGAGGCGUUGGGCGUGGCAGUCUAUCUCCUCGAGGCGUUGGUCGUGGCAGUCCAUCUCCUGUCAGCAGUGGGCGUGGCAGUCCCCUUCUGCCUCCGGCCGAUAUUGGUCGUGGGAGUCUAUCUCCUCGAGGCGUUUGGCGUGGCGGUCGAUGGCGUGGCGUUGGGCGUGGCGUUCUCUAUCCUGCCGACGUUGGGCGUGGUAGUCUAUCUCCAUUCGAAUCUCCAUUCGACAUGGGGCCCGGCAGUCUAUUUCCUGUCAUCCUUGGGCAUCGCAGCCCAUCUCCUCGAGGCGUUGCUCGUGGCAGUCCAUCUCCUGUCAGCAGUGGGCGUGGCAGUCCCCUUCUGCCUCCGGCCGAUAUUGGUCGUGGGAGUCUAUCUCCUCAAGGCGUUUGGCGUGGCGGUCGAUCUCCUCGAGGCCUUGGGCGUGGCGGUCGAUUUCCUCGAAGCAAUUGGCGUGGCGGUCUAUAUCCUGCCGACGUUGGGCGUGGUAGUCUAUCUCCAUUCGAAUCUCCAUUCGACAUGGGGCCCGACAGUCUAUUUCCUGUCAUCCUUGGGCAUCGCAGCCCAUCUCCUCGAGACAUUGCUCGUGGCUAUCCAUCUCCUGUCAGUAUUGGGCGUAGCAGCCUAUCUCCUGGCGAUAUUGGGCGCGGCAGCCUAUCUCCUGGCGAUAUUGGGCGCGGCAGCCUAUCUCCUGGCGAUAUUGGUUCUGGCAGUCUUUCUCCUUUCGAUCUUGGUUCUGGCACUCUGUCUCCUGUCGACAUCGACAGUGAUCGUAGCAGUCAAUCUCUCGGCAACAGUGUUCGCAUCCCCCCAUCUCCUAUUGAAGCUGCUCGUGCCCAGGAAGAACUGGCCCGCAUCAAUGCAGUCAGCGCAAGCACGAGAUGUUCCGCGCGCUUGGUGGUGCUGUGCACCCCAGAAGAGAUACUGCGCAUCUUUGAGAACGCUAGAGACUCCGUGCAGGACACUCAGACGAGGCAGGCAGAUGACUGGAUGUUGACGCAGGCAGCUCGGUUUUCGCAAUGA